AUGUUUGAGUCCGUUUUUAGGCAUAUAAAAAGACGUACCAUAUCGCACCUGGAAUACUCAUGCAACCCAUUCCAAUUCGUCAAAUUCAUCCCGCGCCAUAUAUUCAUAAAAGCCUCAUCUUACACCAUGUCCGUUCAGCGUGCAAUUCAAAUCCAACGUCCUAAGGUGGCCAAACUGGUCACUGAUGCUCCAAUUCCCAGUAUCCGUGAUGACUAUGUUAAAGUUAAGACUGUCGCCGUCGCCCUUAACCCCACUGACUGGAAACACAUUGACUUUCUGGCCACCGAGGGCGCUAUUGUCGGCUGUGACUACAGUGGUAUCGUUGAGGAGGUCGGGUCCGCGGUGACCAACCUGAAGGUUGGUGAUAAGGUUGCUGGAUUUGUUCACGGCAGCAACGGCGACAACAUUGAAGAUGGCGCUUUUGCCGAGCAUAUCGUGGCCAAGGCUGCCAUCCAAAUUAAAAUCCCCGAUAAUAUCUCCUUCGAGGAGGCUUCCACCCUCGGUGUCGGUAUUACCACCGUCGGUCAAGGUUUAUACCAGUCCCUCGAGCUGCCAUGGCCCUCGACGACAUCUAUUACGACAGAUAAAUCCCCUGCCAUCCUUAUUUACGGCGGUAGUACUGCAACCGGCACCCUGGCCAUCCAAUUCGCUAAGCUCUCCGGCUUCAAAGUCUUAGCGACUGCCUCCCCACAUAACUUCAACCUCCUCCGCUCCCUCGGCGCUGAUGAGGUUUUCGACUACCACUCCCCGACUGUUGGCGCUGAGAUUCGCGCUGCCACUAAUGACCGCCUUGCCCAUGUCUUUGACUGCAUCGCUUCCGAAAGCUCCGUCGCUAUCUCCGCGGAGGCAAUUAGCAGCACCGGCGGUGCUUACAGUAGCUUGUUGCUUGUUAAGGAGUUCCCGCGCGCAGACGUUGAAAACAAACGUACCCUUGCCUACACGGGUAUUGGCGAGACCUUCCACAAAGGUGGUACGGAGUUCCCGGCGGACCAGUCGCACUUGGACUUCCAGGUUAAGUUCUGGGAGUUGUCGAGAGAGUUAUUGGCUCAGGGCAAGGUUAAGGUGCAUCCACCUGAGGUGCGGGAGGGUGGCUUGGAAAAGAUUCUGGAGGGUGCGGAAGAUUUGAAGCACAAUAGGGUUAGCGGUGUCAAGUUGGUGUAUCGGGUUUAG